GCCCGGUCCUGCACAGCCUGCCCGGACGCGCCAACCCCGCCGCUCGACACCCCAAUCUCGUAGAUAUGUUUGAUGACUUCUCGGAAGGCAGAGAGUGUGUCAACUGUGGGGCCAUGUCUACCCCACUCUGGAGGCGGGAUGGGACAGGGCACUACCUAUGCAACGCCUGCGGCCUUUACCACAAGAUGAACGGCAUCAACCGGCCCCUCAUCAAGCCCCAGCGCCGGCUGUCUGCUUCCCGCCGAGUGGGCCUCUCCUGUGCCAACUGCCAGACCACCACCACCACGCUGUGGCGCCGCAACGCGGAGGGCGAGCCCGUGUGCAACGCCUGCGGCCUAUACAUGAAGCUCCACGGCGUUCCCAGGCCUCUUGCGAUGCGGAAAGAGGGGAUUCAAACCAGAAAACGGAAGCCCAAGAACCUGAACAAAGCUAAGACACCAGCAGGUCCCUCGGGCAGCGAGAGCCUCCCUCCCACCAGCAGCGUUUCCAGCAACUCCAGCACCGCGACCACCAGCAGCAGCGAAGAGAUGCGCCCCAUCAAGACAGAGCCCGGGCUGGGGUCCCACUACGGCCACAGCAGCUCCAUGUCCCAGACGUUCUCGGUCAGCGCCAUGUCUGGCCACGGGCCCUCCAUCCACCCGGUCCUCUCGUCCCUGAAGCUCUCUCCACAAGGCUACGCAGCUUCUGUCAGCCAGUCACCGCAGGCCAGCUCCAAGCAGGACCCUUGGAACAGCCUGGCCUUGGCCGACAGUCACGGGGACAUAAUCACUGCAUAAUGUCACCUCCCUCCCUCCUCAGAUUCCUGCACAGACUUGGGACUUAGAGAACCGCGGAGGCGAGGACGGCUCCCAGCGGCCAGCCUGCUCUGUCUGGGAAUGACUCCGGAACAACUGGGAAGAAACUUGAAGUCAAUGAUUUGGUGAGGGGAGUGGGUGUAGGAUUUCAUCAGAUGCCUCUUCAAGAUGAGGGGCUGGGACGGGCCCAGACUCUGAUCUGGACGCAGCCACCCUUCGCGAGGAGCACACUCAAGUCCCUUCCGUGGAGCUGGAGACUUCUUUCUCGUUUUCUGCCCCACUCCACCCUGACAAGAGAUGAGCUGUCCUUCUCUACCCUUCCAUCACUGUGGCCUAAGACGGUGGUUUUCCCCUGGUGUUCCCGGCACCAGGAUCUGAGGGUGGGGAGAGGGGCAGGUGCUGCGACCCUGCUCCAGCCUGAGCCAGGGCAUCCAUGUGCCUUUCACUGUGACAGGCCCCUCCAGGCAGCUCCUGCCCGUGCCCAACACUCCCCUUCAGGCUCAGCGCACCCCGCUCCCCUCAGGACUGAAUCCUGACUCCAGGAACGCUGGGUGUCGCCCGUGUUACUGGGCGCUCCGUGGGGAGACGGAGGAGAGGCUGCCUCACCCACCAUGCAGUAUGGCUUCGCAAAAUCUCAACUUGGCGAUGUUGCCUCCCCCAUGUUCCUUUCCUGGCUCGCAGUGUCAUCCCUUCGCUCCUUCUCUUCACCACAAGGCCUCUGAAAAGAAAAACCCCUGCUACUGCUCCGGGCGAGUCAGCCUGCCUCUGGCUUGGCCGUGUCUCUCCCUCAGCAAAACAAGAGCUCAGCAGUUUAGCCGAACAGCAGCACCUCCCCCCCCCGCCCGAGUCUGCCCCCCAAAAUCCUUCCUCCGCCUCAUCAUGCACAGGGAGUUCUGAGUGAGAACAAAAAAGGUUCUGCUGCUAAAGCGAGUUUGACCGACACUGACCUAAGACUUGAGAUCCCUCUGGAGAGGCUGUCCGGACGCCCUGGGGCUGGGCCGGCACUGGAUGGGG